UCUUAAGGGGGGGGGGGGGGAGUUGGCAUUUCUACAAAACUAAUCAAGGCUGCAGCGGGAUGUAAAUCGUUGCUCUGGUUUACAAAAGAGCGGAUUGUGAUGGCGGGGCUGAGGCUCAAUAAACAGCUUGUGUCUUGGCGGUUGUGAGCAGGUGUACGCUACUGGAUACAUUCAAAGGCAAUUCUCAGUGUUAAUGAAACUUUGCUACGAUUUACGGGCUGGGAUUGCUGUACACCAUGCUAGGGUAAAGCCGCUGAAGAGAGGGGUGUUGAACAUGCUAAAGCGGCUGGACAAAAUCAGGUUCAGAGGUCAGAAGCGAGACGACUUCCUGGAUCUAGCAGAGUCCCCCAACGGAUCCGACAAUGAAUGUGGCGAUGACAUCCUGCUGAGGACGAGGCCUUCACUCAAGUCACAAGAUACGGAAGAACUAGGAGACCCUGCGGGUUCGGGGGCUCUCAACAUGGCUGCAGCCUUUCAAGACUUCCAGAGGAGCGAGUCGGACCGGCUAAACGAGGUGAAGGGUCAUCUAGAGAUUGCCUUACUGGAGAAACACUUCCUACAAGAGGAGUUGAGGAAGCUACGAGAGGAAACCAAUGUGGAGAAGAUGAAGGAAGAGCUGGAGAGGGAGAGAGGGAAGAGGCUCGACCUCGAACUGAGGAUGAACGAGGUGCUAAAAUCCAGGUUGGAGGAUUCGCCGCCACAGCCUGCCCGUAAACCCCCGUCUCCAACGCCUGCUGCCAAUGGCAAAGACGCAGACAAAGAGAAGCCGCCGCAGGGGGAGACCCUGUACUUGCGGGCGUGGCGGUGGCUCUAUGACAGGUUGGGGGUCUACAUCGAAGACUUCCGCUUCGUCCCGGAGGAGAACACUGUGGAGGCUGAGGAACCGCUAAGCGCUAAAAGGCUAACAGAAAACAUGAGGCGACUCAAGCGAGGAGCCAGACCUGUCACUAACUUCAUGAGGAACCUCUCAGCCUUAUCCAACUGGCACUCCGUGUACACCUCAGCUAUUUCCUUCAUAAUCUACAUGAAUGCUGCGUGGCAUGGCUGGGCCAUCCCCAUGCUCCUCUUCUUGGCCAUCCUGAGGCUCUCCUUGAAUUACCUCAUUGCUAAAGGUUGGAGGAUUCAGUGGAGCAUUGUGCCGGACAUUACGGAUCCUAUAGAACCGUCAAAGGAUGAUUUGACUGUGUCUGAAAAGUUCCAGUUAGUGCUUGAUGUUGCACAAAAAGCCCAGAACCUUUUUGGUAAGAUGGCGGAUGUUUUGGAGAAAAUAAAAAACCUAUUCAUGUGGGUGCAGCCUGAGAUCACUCAGAAGCUCUACAUCAGCCUGUGGGUUACCUUUCUCUCCUCCUGCAUACUGCCCUAUAAACUCGUGGGCUUCAUGAUUGGGCUGUAUGCAGGGAUCAAGUUCUUCAUCAUAGACUUCUUGUUUAAGAGCUGUCCCAAGCUGAGGGACAAAUAUGACACCCCUCACAUCGACUGGAACAACCUACCAACUGAUCCACAGUUGAAGGAGAGGACCAACGCUACAAUGUCUCGACGGCUCUCUGGGUCUGAGAAGAUUCAGCCUGUGGUGGCUAGAGGUAGCCUAGCAACCGUCCCGUGCGGUGUAAACCUGGAUGCUGACAGCGCCAGGAUUCAUAGCACCAAGAAGGGAGCCUUUCAUGAGAUCUUCAACGUCUCAGAGAAUGAGCGCCCUCUGCCAGUGUGUGAGAAUGGGUGGAGGUGCUGCCUCAUCAACAGAGACCGGAAGAUGCCAACGGACUACAUACGAAACGGCAUGCUCUAUGUUACAGAGAAUUAUCUGUGUUUCGAGAGCUCCAGUUCCAAAUCGGCCUCCUCCAAGAAGAAUAAAGUCAUUAAGCUGGCGGACAUCACAGAUAUCCAGAAGUACAAAGUGCUGUCUGUCUUACCUGGGUCAGGAAUGGGAAUCUCCAUAGCCACUCCCUCCACACAGAAGCCUCUGGUGUUUGGUGCCAUGAUCCAUCGAGACGAGGCCUUCGAGGCGAUCUUCACCCAGUACAUGAAGAUCACAACCACCUCCAGACAACCCUUGGGCAGCCCUGAGCUGUAGCCCUGCUAUCCCCAUGGAAAGAGGCCUGGGCUGGGGUCAGGGCUGGGCCACCUACCCCUGAACCCUCCCUGGCUAGAGAAAAGACAAUUGGGGGAAGUGAUGGGACACACCUCUUCUCCUCCCUCUCUUAUUUACAGUGACUGGACAAUCUUCUUUUAUGACUGAGAGGUGUCUGGUGUGUGCGCUCGCCCGUCUGUCUGGUGUGUGCGCUCGCCCCUCUGUCUGGUGUGUGUGGAGGUGGAACUUAUAGUCCAAUAGGGAUGGUGAACACAUUCCAACACUGUAGGAAGAAGGGGGGGGGGGGGGGGGGGGGGGUCAUUAUUUUUAACACAGACUUCUCAUCAUAGGGGAAGGAGCUGGCUCUCCUGCCUGCCUGCCUGCCAGCUUUCAUUUGCUUCAGAGAGAUGUGUGUGUGAGCUGCCAAGACAUCGCGCGUCUCUGCUCACCUGUCUUCUCUCUUUCUCGUGAAGUCUUGAGUCAGUGUUACUGUUACUGCUGGUCUUGCACGGAACCGUACGGUAGCUAGAUGUUUGUGUAGAAAACAAAAAGCCGUGAACAUGGAGCUAUAGCAUCGGAAACAACGUUCAACAGGACAAGAAGCCUUUUCCAUCCGUUUACAAUCGUUGCUGUAGAUUUUCCUUGGAGACACUCACGCACAUUUCAGCAAAAAACAGUCUGCUUUCAGCUGUCUGUUUGCAUAUGACGUGUAUGUGUGUUGUACGUUCAACACUCACGACUGAACUGUACUGUGUGUCACGCACAGCGGUGGGGACCUUGGCGAUGAUGUUCGUUGUGAAACGUUUUCAAAUGCCUUUCCUUUUGAAUUCCGCUUAUUUUUCUAAUAACCAAUGGAAUGAUGAGGAACUGGACUUAGUUAAAGGCAGGUCCUGGAUCUGUGGAUUGUGUUCUAAAACUAAAGCACACGCCCUGUUAGUCAUAGCAGACCUAAACCCUGAAUAAUGUGUCAACUGAAGGUACGUAGUUUAAAUGGAACAUUGCUGGUUCAGUGAACUACACUUGUGUGCUGAGUAACCCCGAGGCCUAAAAGAUGAGUUAAUGCCUUGGCUUUAGCCUAGUAGACUAACACAUCCUUAAGGUGCGUACUGUAGGUCACAUAAAACAUACAAAUGAUUUUUGCAGUGUCUCAAGGCCCCAGUACCUGUUACUUCAGUAUUUAGUGACAUGUUACGGUAUAGUAAUACUAUGGUAGUUUUUAACGGUAAUACCACAAAUACCAACCUGUAGUAUUAACACUGGAGUGGUCAGAUGUGUACAAUGUGCUGUCCUGCUCAGGAGUAAAUUUGAACUUGGUUAACUUGACUAGUAACUAGUUAUUUCGUCCGGGAGUUUGUCAGUAUUUCAAUGCAAGUCGAGGCAGUCAACUGGCUUGGUUCCGUAGUAUUCAUUCACAGCAGGAUGAAGAAGUAGUUUGAACGGAAUAUUUCAAUGUCACUUUAUCAUUGUCACCGGUGUGGGUUUAAAAGCUGGUCUUUUAUUUCUCCGAUAGGCUUGAUAUGUAGAAUUGUCAUGAAUGCCAAACCCAGUGGAUGUGGGACACCUUUCUGUGUUUUGUAAAAUGGCUGGAAGAGUUAUUGUGGACAUCUGGGCAUAUUUCUGGUCUAUCGUUUGCUUCGAAUAAGAGAGUAGAUUAAACUAUGCUCUCAGAUCCUUUUUUAAAUUUUUUUUGCCUCUCAGCACUACAAGCUAGUCCCCUAAAAAGCAUUCAUCUUCCCACACUGUUAACAAGCCCGUAUGAACUGUGUCAGUUAUUGUCUUAUGACUGGGUGUGAAAUGUCAUUUCUAUAGGUUGUCUAUUGUCUAAGGAACUCGUGCUGUCAGCGUGUUGAUUUGAAUGAUUGUCUGACUUUACGUUACUGUAGUCUUAAUGCUUCCCUGGAACUUAGUCGAGUAGUAACCACGAACUUUGAAAUCAGGGUCUGUCCUAAAAGAAGCACACAGAAUGUAUUGUGUUACUGCUAUAAACUCCUAGUUUAUUUUCUGUUGUUGCCAAAACGUUAUUUUCUUCUUUUUACUGCUGCCUUUACUGCUGCCCUGCUCUGCCAACACCUACAUGUUUACUGAAGGUUGGGUUAAAAGACACAAUUCAUUUCUUGUUUUUCUUUGGGAUGCCGGUUUGAGCUCCUUGCCACAGGUGGAGUCAUGAAGACUGGACAGAUAUCUUCCUCUUGCGUUUUUGAGUUAGUGUGUCAACUGUCAAGCUUUUUAAAAAAUCUGCUCAGACUGGUCUCAGGACAACCUCUGCUGCUCAGCUUCAUCCCAACGGCAAACGUAACCCUGAUCCCUGAUCUGUUUUAUAAUACUUUAAUAGUUAAAGCUAAAGUUUAGCUGUUCUGUUGAGUUUGUUGUCAUUAGCAUAUACUGUGUACAUGUACUGAGUAGCAUGAUGAUGACAGUCCAAGGAGUUGGAUCCAUGCAUCUAGUGACAGACCUGGGACCAGGCUAACAGUAGGUAGACGGUGCCAGCCGAGAACAUUCUAGACAGAUUAUAUUCACGCUGCAACAAAGAAAUGUCAGUGAUCGUUCAUAGGGUAGUGCUGUGCGGUACAUGGUACAAUCAUGAUAAUCUUUUAGCUGUUUUUGGGAUCACUCACAGGCCUUCCUUACAGGCAGCAGAGGUCAUCAUGGUGACUCGGAGAGCUGAGGUUCACUGGUUUCUAUUGGUCUCCUUCUGUGCGUCUCAUUGUGUUAACCAAGUAUUAGUUCUAACUAAAUGUAAACGUUAGUCAUUUACUUCAUGAUAUUCCCGUACAGUAUAUCACUGCGAAGUUCAAUAUACUGCAAUCAUCUGACAGUUGUGGGUAAUUAUGUCAUCUGUGUGUCCGAGGACUAAAAUGACGAAAGAGGAAUUUAUAUACAAUAACGUAAUCCUUUGCGUUUUUAAAGAAGACAAUGUCUAUUGUAAAAUAUGUGAUGUACAUUUUUUUAUUUAAAUAAAAUGAAGUAUUUCCCAUU